ACGCGGUGUGGAGGAAGGCGUCCUGCGCACGGAAGGCAGAAAGAUAUCGGCGACUUCAAAUAUCCCCAGCUAAUCCUCGAGCUAACCAUUAUCCCUCCAUGCUGCCCGGGAAAGGAAGAUAACGUUAAUAACCCUGCACUGCCAUCUCAAUUAGCCACGGUGAAAGACAGAUAAGGGAAACUGCGUUCUGCGUGAAGUGUUCCUUUCUGGCAAAAUCAGUUUUCUAUUUUGAACAUACAUCUGCAGCCUCGGCGAACGUGACUUCUUGGAAGAAUGAGAUUGCCGAGUAACAAACAAUGUGCGGUGGAAGGAGAUGGGAAGAAGAUGGACCAAGCUCCUCCGUUCAGAAACCCUUUUGUGCACGUCUUGAAAUUCACCUCUCUGGAAAAAGCAAAGAUUGCGUUAAUGACAGUCACACUAUUCCCCAUCCGUCUACUCAUAGCUGCAUUCAUGAUGCUGCUGGCUUGGCCUUUUGCCUUCCUGGCCUCAUUGGGACGCUCCGAGACCGCUGUUGAACCCCAGUGCCUCUGGAGGAGACUGGUGGACAUAAUUCUGAAGAUCAUCAUGCGGGUCAUGUGGUUUGCGGGAGGUUUCCAUUGGAUGACUGUGAAAGGGCAAAGGGCAUUGCCUGCAGAAGCACCCAUCCUCACCCUCGCACCCCACUCUUCUUACUUCGAUGCCAUCCCAGUCACCAUGACAAUGGCCUCAAUUGUCAUGAAGGCUGAGAGCAAGGAUAUACCUCUCUGGGGCACUUUGAUUAAGUACAUUAGGCCAGUGUUUGUAUCACGGUCAGACCAGGACUCCAGAAAGAAGACCGUGGAGGAAAUCAAACGCAGAGCCCACUCUGGAGGAGAAUGGCCUCAGAUAAUGAUUUUUCCAGAGGGAACAUGCACCAAUAGAUCCUGCUUAAUCACCUUUAAGCCAGGGGCCUUCAUCCCAGCUGUGCCAGUGCAGCCUGUGGUGAUUCGUUACCCUAAUAAACUGGACUCAAUCACAUGGACAUGGCAAGGACCUGGAGCGUUUAAAAUCUUGUGGCUGACACUCUGCCAGUUGCACAAUGAGUUUGUGAUCGAGUUCCUUCCUAUCUACACACCCUCAGAGGAGGAGAAAAAGAACCCCGCUCUCUUUGCUAUCAAUGUGAGACGCGUCAUGGCGAAAGCCCUGGGCGUACCCAUCACAGACUAUUCAUUUGAAGACUGCCAGCUGGCCAUGGCAGAGGGCCAGCUGAGACUGCCAGUCGACACCUGUCUGCUGGAGUUUGCCAAGCUCGUCAGGAGACUGGGGCUGAAACCGCAGAACACCGAGAAGGUUCUGCAGGAGUAUGGGAACAGAGCCAGGAAGCUGGAGGGGCAGAGGCUGGGCUCGGAUGACUUCGCUCAGUUCCUCGAUGUGCCAGUUUCAGACAUGCUGCGAGACAUGUUUGCUCUUUUUGAUGAGCAUGAAGAUAACUGCAUGGAUAUCAGAGAAUAUGUGAUAGCCUUAUCUGUGGUAUGCAGACCUGCCAAAACUCUGGAGACGAUGAAAUUGGCCUUCAAGAUGUUUGAGGCAGAGGAGGAUGGCGCCAUCACAGAGAUGGAGUUGGCAGUUAUACUGAAGACAGCUUUAGGAGUCACUCACCUCAGCGUGUCACGUCUGUUUACCGCCAUCGACUCUGAAGACACAGGGAAGAUCACAUUUGACAAGUUCAGAGGGUUUGUGGAGCAGCACCAGGACUUUGCUGAGGAGUACCUGCACACAGAAAACACAGGCCUCCACAGCGCUCCCUGCCACGGUCACCAAAUAAAGCCAAACCUGUCUUCCCUGAACCCGCACGGCACUGCCACCACCAAAACGGCUAACGGUAUCUGCCCCGAUUUUAGCCCCAACGACCACGAUGGCACAAUAGAUGGACUCCUCAAGAAACACAACUAAAACGGUUUAAAAUGUAACGGGGGGGAAAACUAACUCCUCUCCUGGUGAGAGGCUGUUGUGUAAGAGGCAAAGGGUUGUUAGUUACUUGUUAGUUAGUAUCUUGUUUGAACAGUAAGGGACUACAUUUCAGUAAUCACAAAAAUGAAGUUUACCGUACCCUUUUUUAUUAGUAUUGUAUCCAUGAAAUUUUGUGAGGUUAUUUUCAGCCUGGUAACAGUUUAUUUUGUUAUAAAUUCCUUUGUUUUGUUUUUUUUUUGUUUUUUUUUUUUCAUAGCAAGGAUCGUCAAAAUGCCAAACACUGGUUGUUUCAGAUACAAUGCUUGAAUACUUGAAGGGCAAGCACUUAUAAAAUUUCCUGGGGCAAAUGUUUAUUUAUUUUAUUUUUUUCUUUUCCCUCCAACAGAGUACUGACUGUGCAUGUUUUUAACAAGAGGGAAGCAAGAAAAAAAACAAGCCCUGGACAGUGAAGUGAACUAAUUUUUAGUGAAAUCAGUGUUCAAUUCUCUUUUUAUUUGUAACUUUUAACUAUUUCCUUUCUUUAAUUGUAGCUGCCUUUUGAACUGAAAGUGCAGAAUGCAUGGGCUCAUGUUAUUUUGAGCAGUAUUGAGGAUUAUUUAUCUAAAGAAGGGAGGCCUGACGGUACCAGUGACAAUUGUGUGACCACUUGAAGCAUUAAGCUUUAGCAGCCACAUUUGAGGUGAACUCAGGUCUCUGCGAGUUGAUGGUCAUAAUUGCUAUGAGCCUGUUAUUUAUAUAUAUAUAUAUAUAUAU